AAUCUACUGAAGCUCUUCUAGAGAUAAGUAAUUAUAUUUGUUUAUUGAGCUUUUACAACCAAUUCUUUUUGUAUUGCAGGAGCAAGUACAUUUCCACCAGAGGACAUCUUAAGCUGUAGUGGUGUGCUUGGGGAAUGGUUUUUCUCAUGUUUUGGUCCAACAUCAGGUAUGAGGAGCGGGGCUUCUUAUGUACACAUAAAGUGUCCUUAAUAUGUUUGUCGGGAAUGAACUGCAGAUAAAAAAGUUUGCUUCUUUCACAAUCAUCAAUCCAGAAUCUAACCAUAUUCAAGACAAUGACCAUGAUGGUGGGAUUUAUGUCAUAAGGCAUAUGCAGUACUAUAACAAUAGAUGGUACGAAGGGUUCAAUUUUGUGGAUCAACGCAAACAACUAGCAUUGGAAAUAGUCAAAAAUCCUUUAAACGAAGUACAUGCUGCCGUCAACAUUACCAUUACAACACAUUACUUGGAAUCGAACGAUCAAGGUUUGAUGAACUGUGGGAAUUGCUUGCAGCAAAGAAGUCUAAAUACGAUGGGCCACGCAAAUAUCGGAAUCAUCGAAGAAGGCGUUAAACUAGCUUUCUAGAACAAUACAGCUCAAAUGUCAAACUUAUUUUGUUACUUUGCAUAAUUCGUGAGAUUUCGUCAUAUAAUAAAUUAAUUUUUAAUUUUAGAGUAA